UCCAUCCCAAAUAGGAGGGGCGGAAAUAAACUAAAAACACAAAGGCAGAAACCCAGAAUCGUUAGAAGAAAAAGAAAAAAAAAAUGAAGCUCAACGUAUAUGCAGAUCGAAUUUCUCAGCCAUCUCGUGCUGUAGUCUUCUUCUGCAAGGUAAAUGGUAUAGACUAUGAGGAGAUCAAAGUCCAUAUCCCAAAGGGUCAGCAUCUAACUCCUGAAUGCGAAGCAAUAAAUCUCAUGCAAAAGCUGCCUGCCAUUGCUGAUGGAAGAUUUAAGUUGUUUGAGAGCCAUGCCAUUCAUAUCUAUCUUGCUUAUGCGUUUCCUGGAGUUGCAGACUAUUGGCAGGGUUGUUCCUGAAGCUAUCAGAUAAGGCACCUGCAAGCCCUAUGGCUCCACUUGGUUCAACUGCAACUCUAAGGAUUUCAUAGCAGAGUCUCAUUGCUUUGAUUGUUUCUGUAUCGUCCACUGUUAUUACGUUCUAUGGGCCUAAUCAAUCAUAAGGCAUAGAAUGAGACUUACUGAAAGCUAAGACACAGUGCUGUUUGCUGAUA